GUGCCUCUCUAAGGUAUGACGCGCUGCUGUCCCUCGGUGCGUUCUCUGCGCAUGCGUCACUGGUCGAUGAGGGUGCAGUAGACGUGCGCCUGCCCCGUGUCUCCUCCUUGCUCAGCUCAGCGCAGCGCAGAAAGAUGGAUGUGCGGCUGGCUCCACUCAGGCCCUGGGAUGAUUUCUUCCCGGGGACUGACCGCUUCUCUCGGCCUGACUUCAAGGAUAUCUCCAAAUGGAACAACAGGGUGGUGAACAACCUGCUUUAUUACCAGACCAACUACCUGGCCCUGGCCGCCGUGGUCAUCAGCCUGGUGGGGUAAGUGGGCCAGCCUAGGUGUGCCAUCUGUCACAUGCCAGGAAUUGGGGUACUGCAACUCUCAGCUGGCACAGCCUGACUGCUUGGGACUAGGACUCUCAUUGUAUAAAACUCACAGCCAGCUCUCAGCACACACAGCUUGGCUGGGACUAAAACUCUCAGCACACACAACAUGACUGGGACUAUAACUCUCAGCAUGCACAGCCUAGCCAGCUUUCAGCACACACAACAUGACUAGGGCUAUAACUCUCAGCACACACAACAUGACUAGGGCUAUAACUCUCAGCACACACAACAUGACUAGGGCUAUAAUUCUCAGCACACACAGCCUAGCCAACUCUCAGCACACACAGCAUGACUGGGACUAUAACUCUCAGCACACACAACAUGACUAGGGCUAUAAUUCUCAGCACACACAACAUGACUAGGGCUAUAACUCUCAGCAUGACAUCCUGGUGACUUCCACUCACAUCAGUCACAGCUCAGCUUUUGGGAGAACAGCUGUCAGUAGGCCUGCAUGGGGAAUCAUCCCGAGUAUGACAAGAGUUAUAAACUACAGCACCUGGAUUAGCAGAAGUGGAAUAAUUAUUUAAACAUUUACCUCACAAGUGUCCCUUUUAAGGAGGAACAUUCCCUAUUUUGGGCCCACAUUUGUCUGUACCUCUUUUCUAGGAACUCCAUAUUGUUGAUGUUUCAAACAGCUCCACAGCAGUAAUACUUCCAGUAAAAUGUGUUCUUAAACUACAAUUAAUGUAUUUAGCAAUCAGUCAUUAAAAAAAAAAAAAAAAAAGAUAACUAUGAAUACAAAAUUUGGCCACUGCAGACAAAGUGCUGCACUGCCAUUUUCUUUUAAAAUGGUUAAAAAUUUUAUUGAGUGAUAAAGGCUCCAGCCAAGGUGAUCAGUCUACGUUUUCCGUUUUUCUGGCUAUCAAAACUUUCUCAAGAUCUGAGCAGCGGUAUAUGUUUAGCUGUGACCACUUAUAUUAACAAGUACAAAUUAUUUCAGUUACUUGUUCUGAACUUUGUGUCAAAAGGGUACAAUACAAUUGAUUGGUUGCAAAAUCCAAAGGUUUUAUUGCAGUAUUUAACCCCUUAAGGACACAUGGCAUGUGUGACAUGUCGUGACUCCCUUUUAUUCCAGAAGUUUGGUCCUUAAGGGGUUAAAGGAGCUGUCGACUUGCAGUGUAGAACCAGUAUCCAUAUGGAUAUGUUCAGCAGGGCGGUAUCUACGUGGUCAGUUUAUUAUAGGGGGGAGGUUGGUAAUUAAAGCUUCCAUGUAGGAUCAGGUGCUAAAAAUAGCUAGAGGUAUAUAGCUAAGUGAAUUUAAACACACAUCUCUUGAGUGGUUUAGAAGGGGGUGAAAUGUCACUUUCACUGAUGAUAUCAUCAUUAAAAUACAUUUUACUGUUUUGAAACACUAGUAUUUGUGUUCAGUGAAGUCUCCCAAGUAAAACAGUACCCCCAAUGUACAGGUUUCAUGGUUUCUUAGAAAGUUAAAGGGUUAAAUAUAGUGCUAGCAAAUUAAAUUCUCUGGGCUUUCUGCCUGGGUUAUCAGGCAGGUCCCACAAAUUGUAAUUAAUAAAAUUACUUAAAAAUAUUCCUUAAAUAUGUAUGCGUGGACGUGCUUUUCCGCCCGUCGGUGUUUAGAGCCGGGUCCCCAAGGACGGCAUAGCACGCACACCGUCCUUAAGGGUUUUAAAAAAAAAUCAAUACACUUUUUUUUUUUUCUACCUUUUUUUUUUUUCCUUCAGUGCUUUUGAUCUGCUAACAUCCUCGUUUAUGAAUAAUGGAGUUGUUUUGAAAUGCAAUUUUAUACUGUACAAAACAGGUGUGUUGGGAGUUAAAGUGGCACUGUCACCUCGAACUUGCCUUUCUCCUAUUAUUUCAUUUUCUCUUUCAGAAUCUGUUUUUUAUUUCAGUUCCCAUUUAUUUAUUUUUAAAACAUAAGACAAAGUAGGGACACCUUUGUCCUACACAUGGCAAUCUUGACAAAGGGUGGAACUUAAAGGGACACUACUAUCCAAAUACAAAAUAAGUAAAACUCAAUGUUUAGUAGAUAUACCACAAAUAAAAACUUGCACACAUUUUUUCAUUGGGUGUAAAUAUAAAAAGAGCAGGGAAAACAUGCAGUUUUCUUGUCUGGAGCCUUUGCAAGCCCUCCCUUUCCAGCCCAGCCCAGAUUGCCUGUGACUGUCCAAUCACAGACUUCCCAAUGCAGCUCAAUGAGAAGUCUUUGCAAGACAGAUGCUUUGGGCAAUUGCUGCCUCUUGAGUUUAGCUCCACUUUGCUAAUUAAGCUUGGAAGUAACAGUGCUGCUUGAAAGCCAAGGGGUGUAACCAGGUUAAUUUAUAGAAGUGUACAUUUUUAUUGAAAUCUGCACUUUUUGCAAAAUGAAAAAGAGGACACUCUCUUCGCACAUAAAGCUUUUCAGCAAGCUGAACUUGUUUAGGGAUCUUGAGUGUCCGUUUAAAGGACCACUAUAGGCACCCAGACCACUUCAGCUUAAUGAAGUGGUCUGGGUGCCAGGUCCAGCUAGGGUUAACCCUUUUUUUUUUUAUAAACAUAGCAGUUUCAGAGAAGGGCUUCCGCGCUUCUCACUGUGAUUUUUCACAGUGAGAAGACGCCAGCGUCCAUAGGAAAGCAUUGAGAAUGCUUUCCUAUGGACUGGCUGAAUGCGCGCGCGGCUCCUGCUGUGCAUGUGCUUUCAGCCGAAGAGGCGGAGGAGAGUUCCCCACCCGGCGCUGGAGAAAGAGGUAAGUUUAACCCCUUCCUCUCCAUCCAGCCCUGAGGGUGGGAGCACCCUCAGGGCACUAUAGUGCCAGGAAAACGAGUAUGUUUUCCUGGCACUAUAGUGGUCCUUUAAGGCAAGCUUGACAAAGGAAGUUGAGUUUGCCUUAAGAUCCCACCCUUUUGUUACAAUUGUCAUGUGUAGGAAAAUUACAUAAGAAUGUUAUGGUAGUAGCUGACACAUUUGAUUUACAACUGAGGAAAAAAUAAACCCAAUGAGCUGAUGUAGAUACUAUCUCCCCCUAGUCUGUUCACUUCCAGUCAUGAUAUAGAUAGAAGCUGCAGUCAUCUCCGCAGGCCUUCUCCCACUCUGCCUCCCAAAUCUAUGUUUGCACUCCUUUUCAUCACUAUAUUUAGAUAUAGCAAACACACCCAUUGUUGUUUGUUUUUUAAAAGCAAGCAGGCAUCGUUAUUCAAGCCAUAGCCACAUUGAUAACACAAUGGUCCUUCCUUACACAUUUCCACACACUUCUACUGUGGCACCGUCAUAGGGUGCCACAUUGCUUCUACUGUGGCACCUUCAUAGGGUGCCACAUUGCCAGCAAGCAGAAUUCAACAUUUCCAUCCUUUCUUUGUAAGAGCUGUUAUUGUGAAGUGGAAAAGCUGAAGGACCACUGUGUGCUGAAACAUGUAAAUGUAUUUGUCAUUGUUCAUGGCACCCACUACCAAGUUGGAAACAAAUAUAAUGCAAAAAAAUAUUAUUUUGCUUUAAGAAAAUUUAUUUUCAUGGUAGAACAGCUUAUACAAGCCUUCUAUAAUCAUGAGAAAUGCUAGUCCUCUACUAGAGUGGUGUAAAUCUCCACACCAUUGGAUUUUGGAGCAGUAUUAACACUCUAAAGUCUAGCUAUAUGAUGUGACUGAUCAUGCUUCACCAUCUGGCUGUCAAAUGGACAACUCUGUUUGAGAGUUACUAAGUGAGUACUUCCUGUUAUCUGACUAUUAUUCCAACUAUCUCAUUUUGUGAAAGAUGAAUAAUGGUCUGGGCUUUUAUGUGUUUGCAGUCUUUAGAUAUAAUUGCGAUCUGUCGGCAAAGAGUUACUGAGAAAAACACUGGUUUAAAUGGUUUGAUAUUAAAGGACCACUCUAGGCACCCAGACCACUUCAGCUUAAUGAAGUGGUCUGGGUGCCAGGUCCCUCUAGGAUUAACCCUUUUUUUAUAUACAUAGCAGUUUCAGAGAAACUGCUAUGUUUAUAAUAGGGUUAAUCCAGCCUCCAAAUCCUCUAGUGGCUGUCUCAUUGACAGGCGCUAGAGGCGCUUGCCUGAUUCUCACUGUGAAAAUCACAUUGUAAAUGCUUUCCUAUGAGACUGGCUGAAUGCGCGCACAGCUCUUGCCGCAUGUGCGCAUUCAGCCGAAAGGGAGGAUCGGAGGAGGAGAGCUCCCCACCCGGCGCUGGAAAAAAGGUAAAUUUUAACCCUUUCUUCUCCCCAGAGCCGGGAGGGAGGGGGACCCUGAGGGUUGGGGCACCCUCAGGGCACUAUAGUGCCAGGAAAACAAGUAUGUUUUCCUGGCACUAUAGUGGUCCUUUGAAGGAACUAAAGCAUUGUGAAUCAAACUUAUAUUCCUAAUGCUUUAGUUUCCCUGUGCCUAUUUAUAGAGGUUCCCCCAAUUCUAAUACAUUUUAUUAAAAUUAUUUUGUGUUUUUUUACUUGCCAUCUUACCUCUCUUCGUCCCACAAACGUCAUGGAGGCAUGACCUCCUCUGCAAUGGUCCAAUCCAGUGCUCCUUCCUCCUAUAGAAGCAUUGGGGAGCUGAUGCGUAUGCCAGCAGGUGACCUAUAAUAAAGCAUUGAUUCAAUGCUUUCCUAUAGGAAGGUCUAAUGCACGCGCUGCAUUAGCACCCACUUAUCGUAGGCCAGUGGAGGGGGAGGAACCAGGACACAGUGCCAAGGGACAUCGGCGCUUGGAACAGGUGAGUAAAAUAAAUGCCCUUUAUUCACACGGACGGGGGGCAUGAGCAUUGUAUUCCUGGCACUGUAGUAUUCCUUUAAUGUGCCACAACGUCUUGAAACCACUGCACGGUCCUUUACUUCAACACACUUUUUUUUAUUAAAUGUCCAUGUUUAAUAAUAUCUUCCCUCCUUUUUAUGUCAAAUCAAUUUACUGUUGAGAUGUAAUCUCCUUAGUUACUAUAACCAAUCUUAAAGGAACGCUAUAGGCUCAGGAACACAAACUUGUAUUCCUGACUCUAUUGUGUUAAUACUACCAUCAAGGCCUCUGGUGCACCCCCCCUCCUCCCUAUCCAUAAAAUGACAUGAACUAAAUAUAAUGGAUAAAUACUUUCCCCUAGAUGAAACUGAUGAGCCACAGCAUUUAAACCAGUGACAAGUGAAGUGAAUAACACCGAUUAUAUCAUCACAAUGACACCUGUGAAUGAUAAGGUAUAUUAGCAAGUGAACAGUCAGUUCUUGAAUCUUAUGUGUUGGAAGCCAGAAAAAAGGGCCAGCAAAAAGAUCUGAGUGACUUUGACAAGGCACUAAAUAGUGAUGGCUAGACAACUGGGUAAGGACAUAUCCAGAAUUGUGGUGUGUUUCCAGUAUGCAGUGGUUAGUACCUACCAAAGGUGGUGCAAGGAAGGAUAACCAUUGAACUGGCAUCAGGGUCAUGGGCCCCCAAAGGUCAUUGAUGCAUGUGGGGAGGGAAGGCUAGCCUGUCUGUUCGCUCACACAGAAGAGCUAUUGUAGCUCAAAUUGCUGGAAAGCUGAAAAGGAACACUGUAGGGUCAGGGACACAAACAUGUAUUCCUGACCCUAUAGUGUUACAACCACCAUUUAGCCACUGUGGCUCCCUCUUGCCUCCCUAAAUAUAGUAAAAUCUUACUUGUAUUAAAGUCUGCAGCUGCUGACAUCAUCAGAAGUAGUGGCCUGAGCCAAUCACAAUGCUUCCAUAUAGGAUUGGCUGAGGCUUUCAACGAGGCAGAUCGGGGCAGAGCCAGCUCAAGCCAGACACAGCCUUGGCCAAUCAGCAUCUCCUCAUAGAGAUUAAUUAAAUCAAUGCAUCUCUAUGAGGAAAGUUCAGGGUCUGCAUGCAGAGGGUGGAGACACUGAAUAGCAGUACUGCACAGUAUGCAGCACUGCCCCAGGAAGAACCUCUAGCAGCCACCUGAUUAGUGGCCAGUGGAGUUAUCACUAGGCUGUAAUGUUAACAUUGCCUUUUCUCUGAAAAGACAGUGUUUACUGCAAAAAGCCUGAAGGGAAUGAUUUUAUUCACCAGAACAAAUACAGUAAGCUGUAGUUGUUCUGGUGACUAUAGUGUCCCUUUAAUUACUGUAACUGUACUGUUUCACAUGUUGUUCAUAGUAUAUUUAUAAAAGUCCUAAUGUGUCUUUUGUCUUUACACAUUUGAACUUGCUUGUGAUGUUUUCCGUUGGAAGAGGGUGUUGGUUAGUAUUCGCACAUCUGUUAACAUUUUGUUUCCACAGCUCACAAAUUGUUCACUUUUUCCAAGCUGAAGAAAAUGUUCUUUGUGGUCUAAAUAUAGACUGAGCUUACUGAAACCCACUUAAAAUAUGCUGCACGCUGCUAAUCACGCCGGCCAGGUUUUCAUCGGGUUGCGAUAGAGUGAGCGCGUGACUGGCUAGGGCAGGUGGAGAAUAAAUAUGGAAAUGAGAAAUAGGUAUUCAGCCUCAAGGGAUUUCUGUUUCUGGUCAUUGGAGCGGCAUCCUUUUCAAAUGUGCCAUUGUGGUUAUUUUUCCUGUUUUUGAUUAAAAAAAUAAAAAGCUUGCACAUUAAAAUAUUAAACAGUUUAUUGCUGAAAUUUGAAUUUUAGGCAGUUCUAAAUUUUAAAAAGGUUAAAAUAAUAUUUUACAUUGAUAAUUUCAUAGAAUUUUUUUAAAAUUCUACAGAUUCUCUGUUUAGUAGCUAAAAAUUUUUACAUUAUUUAUAUUUUCUUUCUAACAUGCCAUCCUCCUUAAUUUUUCUCAUUUGUGUUGUAUACAUAUUUCUGAAAUCUCACAAUUCUCAAUGUGAAGGGUUUAAUGGCAUUGUAUUAAAUAAUAAAGUGGGUAAGAAUAUUAAAGGAACACUGUUGGCACCAUAACCAUUUCAACUUAUUGAAGUGGUUAUGGUGCGUGGAGUCCGUGGGCUGUUCUAAAAAGUUUAUUUUCUGUUUAGUAGAGAUUCUACUUUUUUGGCAGCCUGAAACCCUGCCUCCAGUGACAAUAUAGCAGAAGCUAUUCUUUAGUCUCUCAAGGAAUGGUUGAGAUUAUCCAUUUGACACUAUCAGCCUAUCACUGCCCCCCGCUACUCCUGGCAUGGCAUAAAGAGAACAUAGCUCUGCCUAUGCUGUUUCAUCAUUGAAGGUGGUUAGCGUGCCCACACUAUUCCUUUAACAUAAUUAUGUUUUAUGUUUACAUGCAAUUUAGGUGACUCCCUGUAUAGAUUAAAGCAUAUUCCUUAUAUCAAUAAAUGACUGGUAUUUUUUCUUUUCUUUUUUUUUUUUCUUCUAGAUUUCUGAGUCCACUAAAUAUGGUUCUUGGUGCAACCGUCGUGGUUCUGGUGUUCUUGGGAUUUGUCUGGUCAUCACACAACAAGGAUAUUAUUCGUAAAUUUAAGAAAAGGUUCCCCACUCUGUUUGUUCUCUCUAUCAUGUUGGCAAGCUACUUUGUCAUAUCUCUGUUCGGGGGAGUCAUGGUGUUUGUGUUUGGAAUCACUUUUCCUUUGCUAUGUAAGUAAAAAUGUAUCUUUAGUUGGCUAGUUUUUGUUUUGGAUUGUGUGUGUGCUUGGGCUAACUGCAUGUAAUCUUGAUAUUCUCAAUGCCCUGAGUAUCCACAGGGAUAUUACCCAGGAGACUGAAGUAUCUUGGGUCAACCAGUUUCAGACUAUGAUGUGCAUCUAUGGUGUCUCUGGAGGUAUAUACCAAUAGGUGCUCAAGAUCCAUAUGCAGGUCAUUGGUGGGAAAGGAGUUUCAUAAAUAGAUCUGUCUCAGGCAUGCACAGAUCUCUGCCACCUUAUGCUGCGCGUGUCGUUUAAUGAUGGACAGAGCUUCCAUCAGAAAUCGCUGGGCCCCUUACAAAACCAUUUUGAGGGACACAUAUAUGCUCUCAGACAUGCACACAGAUACAACCUUAGAUGCAUGCUUGACAUGCGCAAUACAAAAACACAUGUUUGCAGACACAGAGUCACACAUAGUUAUACUCUGUAGACAUACACAUUUUUUAGACAUAUAUUGCCAUGUAGACACUGAAAUCAGUGUAAACAUAUAUCAGUCAUCUUCUGUUUGAUGUGCAACAGAUCCAAAUAAGAGGGUGCAUAUAUAUAUAUGUGCGUGCAUUUAUUUAAUUACUUAAAUUAUCAUAUGUAUGUAAAAAACAUAAAAUAACUUUUAUGAUUGCAGACGCUUUUAGGACAAAUCAAUGCAUUAACCAGUGUUUGUCUUUCUACCUUUUAUUUAUUUUUUCCUCCAGUGAUGUUUAUCCAUGCUUCGCUCAGGCUUCGUAACAUGAAGAACAAAGUAGAAAACAAAAUGGAGGAAAUUGGUCUGAAGAAGACCCCAAUGGGAAUCGUCAUUGAGGCUCUGGAACAGCACGAAGAGGGCAUUUCUAAGAUAGCUGACUACAUUAGCAAAGUAAAGGAUUAAAUACUCCGUGUAGGAUCCCCCCUCAGCUUCUCUCUGCUGUUGAUCAGUUGAGGUAUCUGUCAUUAAGUUUCAGCUAUGUGAAAUGGCAGCCACCUUGUGCCAUGUAAUUACCCAAAAUAAUUGGUCAUACAUGAAGACCUCACUUUUUUAAAUUCAUUUUUUUUUUUUUUUGUUAGACUGAUGGGUCAAGAUGCAGAAUGUUUUGCAUUGUUUACAGGUUAUAAACUGAAACUGAGAAAGUUGUAAUUGUGCAGGUCUUCCAAAUUGAGUCCUAUCUUACAGUUAUUUGAAAACCUUAACCUUUCUAUUCCAAAUGAACAAUGAGUUAAUGUCCUCCCAUCCUUCAACCUUUAACGGAUGACUUGCAUUAGCCAUUUAUAAUUACUCCAAGUCCAGUCUCUGUGACUAGAUGAAGACCCCUGAGGUGCCCCUGUUCAUAAUUUGACUCCACAUUUUUAAGGUUAACUUUACAGCUAUCUAAAAAUACAAUAUUCUAGCCGUCCUUACAGUGAGCUUCGUGUUAAUAUGUAUUAAUAAUCAGUGUUACUUCAAAGGUGAACACUGAAGCCAUUAAGGAAGGGCUUUUAUGAAAAUCACCCUCUGCUCUAUGCAACACUGCACAGUGCAAUUCUUUUUUUUUUUCUUUCUUUAGAAAUGCAAUCUUGUAUCUCUUACAAUGCUUUACAGCUCACAUCAGAGGGAACACUGACCACAUUGUUGCUUCACUUUGGUCUGGGUGGAUUUUUGUUUUUGCCGUCUGGAUAUCUGCUUAUUUUUACAAAUUGUAAACUAGAAAUUUAACGCUACCUUAUGUUUAGUAGCUUUACUUCUAAAUCAUGAUAAAAUCGACUAUCAUCUGACAUCUUGGUGUUAGUCUGACAAGUUUAAUAGAGUAUCAUUUGAUAUCCCUAUAAUUACUUUUUGACAGCUAGUGUCUCUUUGCAGUGUUUGUUGUAUUGAUGGUUACAGUAUUAUAUUGCUGGGAGCAGCCUUUUUUGCUUUUCUUAUUACCAGCUAAGCAAAUGCUAUAUUUGAUGGUAAUGCAAGAUUUCACUUUAAUCGUACAUUGCUUUAAAAAGUUCCAGGGAUCCACUUCCACUGAAAAUCAUUACUGUAGUGCAUAAUCUUUUCAGUACUUUUUUUACUAUGGCUAUGCGUUGUACAUCCUUACCAUUACACAAACAUUUGGAAUUUGGAGUCUCUAUUUAUAUCACAAAGCUGUAAAUAUGUCAGGAAAAAUUAGAUUUCUUUUUAAGGUAAUCAAGAACCCUCAUAGUUCAUACUUUCUUGUUAAAGGGACACUAAGGAUACCAAAACAACUGCUGUUGUGAUAUGAGUAUAGAUCUGUGCCAGCAAUGCAAAUAAGUAUCCCUCCCUUCCCCCUUCCCCCAAUGGGAGAUUCCCGGUUUGAAGUCUUGAACAUGGAGCAGAAGUUCGAGGGCAGAGGGAUCAGUGAUGAUGUUGUUAUGGUGCCCAGAGUAUCCUUCAAGCUAAUUUUUUAGCUUCCUGACCCUUGCAGAUUCAAGCAUAUGAGUCUGUUCUGAUGAGCGAAGGGCAGAUUUUCAGAAUUUAGAGUAAACUAACAAAGCUGGAUAAAUCUUUUCACUCCGCUGCACUGGCCUUACUUUUUCAAACUUGUUGUAAAUUCAGCACACGUUCAGUAUCACUGUUUCGUGAUUCUGCCCCAGAGCCUAGACAUUCUGUACAAACCCUCAUAGCAUCGUCUUGUAAAAUCAGCUUGAACUAAUUUACUUGCACGCUAAUGAAUGCUAUCUGCUUAACUUUUAGGCUUUUUGGCUAAAAUGGUGAAUCCAAGUGAUUUGCUUAUAGGAAAAAUAGCAAUGUAUUCUAUUUGUUUAUGAUUCUCAUUAUUGUUUAUAUGGACGACAUGUGCUGCUGUAGUAUGUCUAAAUAUAUAUAUUAUUUAAGAAGAGCUGAAAAAGUUCCUGUGUGUAAUUGCAUUUUGUGUACUAUUUUUCAGAAAGAAGUCCACUGCCUAUAUAAACAUGUAUGGAAACAUUGUGCACUAAUGCACUCAAUGUUUUGUAGCACUUGCACUAUCUAAGAUCUUGGAUUAUGCCUCAACUAACAUUGUAUUUUAUCCUGUUCAUAGUAAACUUUAGACAGCUUUGCCACUUGAGGUUCAUGCAAUAAUUUCUGCUACUAAUACUAAAAAAAAUAAAAAUUAAAUACUACAGACUUCUUUUUAUUAGGAGAACUGUUACCAAAAUAAUAAGAUAAAAUCAAGCUAAGCUCGGCGGUACAAAUUUAUUUAUACAGUCCUUUUUGUUUUUUUGCUUGGAAUUCAGUGUUUUGGGCUAUCAUGUGUAGGGGGCAGAUUUGGAUUAACAAACAAUGCUUUUUGUAUCUGAGGUGUAUGGCAGGACCACUUCCUUUGUUAUAAUCACUGUUUUGGGACUCCUUAUUCUCUAUGGCGAGAUGAUCAUACACUUUGCAGCCAGUGAGAAUUGUGCAAAAGUUAAUAUGGAGAAAAUUAUCCAAAGGUGAGUUGUUGAAUGUUCCAAGUAAUAUAAAAAUAUAUAAUAUGAGAUUUAAUUCUCAUUUUAAAUACAAACCUAUUUGUAUAAGCUCAGGAACGCAUUCACUAACCAAUGAGUGGUGUAGCAAACAUACCUCUUGCACAAUUUAGACCAAAAUAAUAGGUUUGCCAAAUAUCCCUAGAUUUAGCAAAUAGGUUUGCUGGUAGAAUUUAAGCUAUUUUAUCUGGCUUUACAGUAGGCCGUUUGUAUUUGAUUUUUGAGCUGAAUGAAUUGCCCUUUAUGGAUGCCAGUACAUUUUACGCAAGAAGUUAUUUCUGUGUCGUCUAAGUUAAAGGGACACUGUAGGCACCCAGACCCUUUCAGCUCAUUGAAGUGGUCGAGGGACAUCAGCGCUGGAGUCAGGUAAGUGUCUGAAGGGGUUUGAACUCCAGCAUCUUCUCGUGCCAACUGGAGAAUCCCUUUAACUUAGAUCUGUCACUUUUUACAAAUUUUCCAUGCACUGGUAUCAUUGAUGACAGGAUUUAGGUAUAUAUAUUCAUAUUAUGUGAAUAUGUCUUCCACUUGAAGAUAUACAGUAUCCUGGUAGAUUGAAGAGAAGGGGAGGAGAAUGGAGAUGGGGAGCACAAGACGGAGUAAUCAUUUUUCAAAACUAGACUGAAAUUCACUGCUCAGCUGCCUGCCUUCCUUCCUUCCUUUAAUCAAUGUAGUAUCUGCAAAGUCAGUACAAAUCACUCUGCAUAAGUAACAGAUUUGACUUGGCAGUGGCAGCAGUUUUCACAGUUAAUGGAUCCACUUUAUAUAGUUACACAGGCUGAAAAAAGACAUGCGUCCAUCAAGUUCAGCCUUUCUCACAUCUGUUUUUGCUGUUGAUCCAAAAUAAGGCAAAAAAACAAAAACAGUUUGGGGUACUUCCAAUGUAAUAGGUAUCUUCACUUCUCUAGAAAUUGCACCAUUGAAUACAACAGUGACCAUAACCUGCAAGAUGUGUUAACCUUUUUUUGUGUUUUUUUUUUAUAUUUUAUUUUAUAUUAAAGCUUGUCAUUUACAUCACAAUCCAAUUGAAUACAUGCACAGCCAGGGCAAACAUUGCAAAUAAGGAGGAAAAAUAACAUGAUUGACAGACAGCUAAGAUGGAGGCACCCAGUUGCAUGAAAAGGAGGAAUAGAAUUGUUGCAUUUAAGUUUCAUUUUCACAUCUUACAAAUACAUAUUUGUUAAAUAUAGUGAUAAGUAAGAAUGAUAUUAAAAAUUCUGCGAAGUGGCAGCUCCCUUUUAAAUCUUGGAAUCAGUGCUUAGUUGUUUAAUACAAAAAAGAGCAAAGGUUAUUUAAUGUUUAGUUAAUGCUUUGAAUGUAUUAGAAAUAACAUCAUAACUUGAAGAAAAUAAGGUAAUAUUUAAAUCUUAGAAUAUUGAUGGUCCUUCGCGUUGACUUACUACUUGUGUAAAUUGCAUCCGGAUAAAAAAAUAACACCAUGAUCCCAUAACACUAUAUUUAGUUAGUGGUGCCUUGCUGUACACUGAAGCCAUAUAGUUUAAACUAUGGGCAAGCUUGCUGACACUUUAAGGAUGACUGAUGUUCAUGAGUUAUCUUUUGAUGAGCUUGCUCAUUGACUUCAGUAGCUGUUUUAGAAGUUAAUCUCAAACCUAAAGGACACCCACGGUAUUCCAAGCAAUGCAAAUUCCUACUUAUGUUUUGAGAUUACCCUGUUGUGUUCCAGUGUGUAAAAUCAAUGCAUAUUUAAAUCAGUGGUGAUACUCGAGACUUUUUUGAGACUUGUUUUGAAACUCGGUGAUCUAGGUGUUUGUAACUCAUCAAACACCAGAUUAGAUGGGCAGAUUUAGAUCCAUCAGACUACUUAAUACUUUUCUGGUAUUUGUUCUAUAAGAGUACUGUGAGGUGCAUACAUUUUGGUCUGGUAUCUUUCACUAUAUAAAAUAUCUGAAGACCUUUUUAAAGAACCAAAGGAUGGAAGAAAAAAAAUAGAAUCAAAAGACAUUUUUUUAAUAUUUGAGAAUAAAAUUGGUAAUGCCUCGAUCUAAACCUCAUGGACGUGGCUGAACACCUCAUGCAAUUUACUGACAAUAUUCUGUGAUUUAAAGGAUCAUUUGGAUUUCUAGAUAUGAUGCAUGUAUAAAUAUACUCCUUGUGCAAUAUUUCACAGUUCUGUAUAGAAGUUUUAGAGCUAAGUAAAGGCAUAUAUUAUGGAAAUAAACCAUGAAAUGUAAAAAAAAAAAUGGUAUUUGUAGCUUUGUUCUAUCAUGUUAUUGUCUUUCAAUACAUGCAUUUUUUUAAACACUGUUGCAGAUAUUCUUAUGAGG